UCCAGUCAGAGGCACUCCGUAGCAGUUAUUUUGGUCUGUCUUCACCUAAAGGAUUCUCUUGCUUUAUCAGGUCUGUGUGCUUCUCUCACAAUGGACUUUAAAGAAUUGAUCAGUGUCAUUAUCAUUACCAGUAUCGGUUCAAUUAUCCCCUACACCCAUAUUUUUAUAGCGUUGAUCUCUCUCAUCAUCCGCUGUGUUGUUACAAUCCUUGUUUCAGUUAUCCCCUUGGUCCACUUUGUCAUAGGUGCUGAGUGCUUCAAUGACUGCCCUGUUAUGUUCUUCAUCCCUAUCUACCUGAUAGGGUUGGGAUGUUUUUAUGUGGUCCUGGUGUUACUGUCUAUGUUUAUGGCCAUCAAAGACUGUCAAGGGUUCUGCUCAUGGGUCAUAUGGAUCAGUCUGCUCAUUCUGAUGUUCUGCCUCUUUGCUGGUAGUGGGGUUGUUUUCUCUGUAUUUCAAACAACAAGCUACAACCCGACCCUCAGCGACGGGAGCUCCAACCAGACCAUUGCCAACGAGAGCUACAACCAUACCUUCUGCAGUGGGAGCAACAACCAGUCCAUCACCAACCCAGAGUACUGCAACAAAACUCUAUACCUGUUUGCAUUCUCUACCUCUCUGAUAUGGAUCCUUAUGGUUGUUCUGUUAACGGUUGGCCUCAAGUUCUAUGGCUGCGUCAGAAUUGAGAUGAUCUUAAAGAGCUUGGGGUUGUGGCUGUUAGGUCAUGACCCUAUUUAUUUGUGUUUCGGAGAGUCCACUAUACAAUAAACAGCAGUCAUACUCAUAUGGAGGCUAUUAUGAAAGGCAGCCCACAGGCGCUUUAGUUGAGUGUUAAAUCUUUGGGUUACAUUUUUGGAGGAUGAGAACAUCUUCAGAGAACUUGACCAAUUAAAAGUGGAUAGAAAGUCUUAAUGGACCUGUAUACCUUUUUAAAUAAUUUAAUCUUGGAGUACUCCUUUUGUCUUUAAUUGUCUUUUUCAA